GUGAUAGCAGCCACGUGAUUGCAACGGCCGGCAAUGACUUUUGCAUUUUCUUGCGGAAAUAAAUCUAUAGUUUCAAAUUGUUGCUGGGAUAAACUUCACUAUACUGUUGCCCAAAAAAGUGGCCGCGCAUGCGUCGAAUGGUACUGGCCUGAAACUGCUGGUCUGAAACGGCGUCACUGGCUCUGCAGACAGAUAUCAUUGUCCGCGUCGGCAAACGUUUGACUUUACCAGGGCCCGCAGAGAGCGCAUGCCCUCCCCUUCCUUUCACAGCAAAAUGUCGUCAGUAGACUUCGAUGUACCCAUGGAUCCAGAAAUGGAAUUACUCGAUGAUGAGGACAUGGAAAGGGAUGCAGAGGAUUUUAAAGAGCAAGGUAAUGCCUACUAUAUAAAGAAGGACUACUCAGAAGCUUUCAACUACUACACAAAAGCCAUUGACAUGUGCCCGAAGACUGCCAGUUACUAUGGUAAUCGAGCUGCCACUCUGAUGAUGUUGAGUCGCUAUAGAGAGGCACUGGAGGACUCCCAGAUGGCUGUGAGGCUUGAUGACGCCUUCGUUAAGGGUCACGUUCGGGAGGGUAAGUGCCACUUGUCUCUCGGUAAUGCCAUGGCAGCCAGCCGUUGUUUCCAGAGGGUUCUUGAACUAGAACCUGACAAUGUCUCGGCUCAGCAGGAGAUUAAAAAUGCAGAAUCCAUUUUGGAGUAUGAGAGGAUGGCAGAGAUUGGCUUUGACAAACGAGACUUCAGAAUGGUAGUUUUUUGUAUGGACCGAGCACUGGAGUCUGCACCGGCCUGUCACAGGUUUAAGGUUCUGAAGGCAGAGUGUUUGGCUAUGCUAGGCCGCUACCCAGAAGCCCAGUCUGUUGCCAGUGAUAUCUUACGGAUGGACUCGACCAAUGGUGAUGCUCUGUAUGUGCGUGGCUUGUGUCUCUACUAUGAGGAUUGUAUUGAUAAAGCGGUCCAGUUCUUCAUCCAGGCACUUCGCAUGGCACCAGACCAUGAAAAAGCCAGACUGGCCUGCAGGGUAAGUGAUUCAUUAAGUGUGUUUUGAUUAAAUACACAGGAAUGCACAUCUGUCAGUUGUAGCACAGUUAGGGCAGCUACAACUACAACUAGCUGAGGAUCAACUGGAUGAGUGAUUUCUGUCACUCUAGAUUUGUGUGUGAUUCAACCCCAAAGAUUAGAAUUUGUUGAGCAACCUUCACAAUUGAUGACCUCCAGGUAAUGUUUUCGCUUUCUGUACCUUUCUGCUGUUGGGUUUUUAGCUUACUCUUCAUGUGCAAAAACUCCCAA